AAAAAGUUUGUUUUAAGUAGUAUAGUGUAUUCUAUUCUUUUUGGCAACAGUUCUGCAUUAGUUAAGAUAUAAUUUUCCAUAGUAUUUGAGAUCUAACCAUGUAAUAUAACUUGAAAUUUGAAAACUUGAUAAAUUAUUCGAUAAAAGAUAAUAAAGGCAAGAGGCAAGAGCCAACGAGGGAACUCGUCAUGCGGUACACGUGGCUGUCUUGUCCCUGAACCACAUUGGUUCUUUCUACGAAUUUUUAUUUUCAUCUCUCUCGUUUACCCUAAUAAAAAGUGGCCCGAGGGAGAAAAAGGAGAGACACAAAAAGAAAGAAAUAAAAGCAAAAAAGAAAGAAAAUAAAAGCAAAAAUAAGAAAGAACAAAAAACGCUCAGUAUCUCCGGCGAGAGUUGAAACCGAACCUCAGGAUCAAAUUAGGGCACAAAGGCUUCUCGGAGACAGAAGCCAUGGGAAGAAAGAAACUAGAGAUCAAGCGAAUUGAGAACAAAAGUAGCCGACAAGUCACCUUCUCCAAACGACGCAAUGGUCUCAUCGAGAAAGCUCGUCAGCUUUCAGUUCUCUGCGAUGCAUCCGUCGCUCUUCUCGUUGUCUCAGCCUCCGGCAAGCUUUACAACUUCUCCGCCGGCGAUAACCUGGUCAAGAUCCUUGAUCGAUAUGGAAAACAACAUGCUGAUGAUCUUAAAGCUCUGGAUCUUCAGUCAAAAGCUCCGAAGUAUGGUUCACACCAUGAGCUACUAGAGCUUGUCGAAAGUAAGCUUGUGGAAUCAAAUUCUGAUGUAAGCGUCGACUCCCUCGUUCAGCUGGAGGACCACCUUGAGACUGCCCUCUCCGUAACUAGAGCUAGGAAGACAGAACUAAUGUUGAAGCUUGUUGAUAGCCUCAAAGAAAAGAUGGAGAAGAAUAAUCUUGCGGGAGCCGAAGCUGAUAAAAUGGAGAUGUCACCUGGACAAAUCUCUGACAUCAAUCGUCCGGUAACUCUCCGACUGCUUUAUUAGCCACCUUAAGUCCAAAACUUGUGACUAAAAACAAAAAUAAGUUAUCGAACUAUUCCCCUAUAAGGGUGAACGUUGUAUAUCUUCAUUCUCUCUGGCUGAGAGACCCCGUGUGUAAAACUACGGUUAGAUUUAAGUAAAAAUAUAUAUUUAAGACAUA